CCUACUAAAGUGAAAGGAAGUCAUUGCCAGUUGUAUCAGAAUUCGCACACAACAUUUUUAUAGAACAGAGAAAUAUAGAAUUUGGAGAAUUCGGUUAUUCGCUGAUAUGAUCAUGACGUUCCUCAUGAAGAGGAAAAAUGGACGAAAACCGCCAUUACCCUAUACAGCGUCGCCGUUGGCGUUGCUGUGGGCCGACAUUCUCCUCGUCCUCAAGAGUCUAUGGAGUCUGCCGGGAAUAUUACUCCCGAUGACUCCCUCGGGUGAACUCGAUGAAUUAUACCCGUCGAAAGAGAAUAUUGUCAAUCUUAUUGCACAUGUUUGUCUGGCGUUAUGCCAGGUAGCUUUCUUACUGUCGGUGUUGGGAUGUUUCUUGUUGAUGGUGCCAGCACUGUGGAUCUCCACAUAUGUGGUGGCCUUUGUAUGGAUAAACCGAGUCAUCUGCGCACUUAUAUUCAAUUAUUCGGACGAGGUAAUAGAAUCAAAAGUGCCGAUCGAGGAGCGACCGGAACAUGAACGGGAACGUUGGAUAUUUAUCAACGGAGUCGCGGUCGGACAUCAUUGGUUGCAAAAUAACAUAGACCGGCUUGCCUAUACUUUUGGCAGGAAAAUUAUUGGCGUGCAUAAUCCAACAGACGGCAUCGUAUUCGAUGUAAUCGAAUGCUUGAUCCAAAGGAACUUUACAUUCGCAACUCCGGAUACAAGAGAUGGUUAUGCCAUCACCAAAGCGACACUGUUGAAUCCGAAGUAUGAGAAAGUUGUCCUGAUCUUGCACAGCCAAGGUGGCAUUGAGGGAAGUCUCAUCAUCGACUGGCUCCUGGACGAACUACCAGAAAGCGUCCUUCGCAAACUCGAAGUAUAUACGUUUGGCAACGCUGCCAACCACUUCAAUAACCCGUACAAAUCGCUUUUGGGCUCCAGGGAGCUGCGCGCUAGAGGCUCAACGACAUCGGACCAGGAUGCCUCGGUGCAAGCGGAGAAGAGUGUUCUCCAUAUUGAGCACUAUGUCAAUGCUUUCGAUUUUGUAUGUGUUUGGGGGGUACUGCAGUUUGCCCGAGUCCCAAACCGCUAUAUGGGCCGAAUCUUUGUCCAGUCAGGUUCGGGUCAUCAGCUAAACCAGCACUAUCUAGACACGAUGUUCACGUUAGGACCAGACAGGAGGGUCCUUGACACUAAUGAGUUUAUGGAAAUGGGGGCGAGAACGGUCGAGUAUGAGAAAAUCCUACCGAAACACGUCAGACACGAGAGAAGUGAGGUGCUCGUCACCAACAAGCGCCCGUCGGAUCGCAACAGGACAAUCCCUGCGAGCCCACUUGGACUUGCAAAUCAACACGAGCAAAGGCCGGUGAAGGUCAAAGAUCUCAGCCGGUUAUGGCAGUAUCGCAAUGGUGGUUCGCCUGUGGAUGAGUGAUAUAACGGUGUAUAGAUAGCAAGGUUUUGGUCCACCUUUCUUGUUAUUUUUAUUUUUCUCUGGGUUUCCCUAGAUAGUUAUAUAGAGAGUGGAACAUUCCAUGUCAAUAAGACAAUAUUAAAAAUGUAU